ACACAUAUAAUCGUGAACCCUAGUUCUUUUCUUGUCCAAUUUUCUAGUCUCCAUCGUAUCCUAAAGUUGUCAUAAUUCUUAUAAUUGAUCUUUGUCAAGCCCUUCAAAUCCCAGUUACAUAUCUGAUUCAGUGAUUCGGAUUCUCGAGUGACCGAGUUCAAAGCAUGAACGAAAUCUUCUUACUUGCGUCAUUGUUGGUCUCGAUCGUUUGUUUCAAUUUCAUCUCUGCUCUCAAUCUAUGCCGGAGUUGGGGAAGCUUGUUGCUUUCUUUGAUUUCAAAGACGGUAGGGAUGGGUUGCUGCAUUUCAGUGGAAUGACAGCGUGUUCUGAGACGCUGUCAGUUAUUACUCGAUGCCGGUUUUGCGUUCAAGCUACUGAUAACACUGGUAAACCAGCAAGUACCACUCCAGCUCGGGACAAAAACAAACCUACAUUAGAUAGAUAUUACAAGUCUGUCUACUUUAUCCUCCACGACAAAUUCUGGAUUGGCCACGGCCUAGUCAAUUCUGAUUGGGCAAAGUUGGAAGAAGAAUUUAAUCAUAUUGGGAAACCAUCUCCUAAGCCCAAAGGAAUAAUUGAUACAGUUCCCUUCAUUUCGUCUGGGACCAAGCUGGCCCAACUUGCUGUACUCUUUGGCUUGGGUGAGCCAUCACUUGGGUACUAUAACAAUUGCGAAGAAAAUUACGAUGCUAUCAAGCAAUGCAGAGACGCGAUGCCAAUUUUAGAUAUGGAGAAGGAGAAGGAUAUGGGGAGUAAUAUCUAUCCCAUGAUUUCUCAUCUGAGGAAAUUUCAGCAGCCACCAGAAAAAGCAACAACUAAAUCAGCAAGGGGUAGUGAACCAAGAAAAAGUCAAAAACUGGAGGGAAAAGAGAAUCCCCCUCGGAAAUCUUUAGCUGAAUCUCCAUCUUCUCUAGAAGAGAGAUUGUUGGUCGCGAUGAAGAUGCUGGAGAGGGAGGACCGUGUUACUUUCUUCGAUUUCAAAAAAGGUAGUAACGGGUUGCUGCAUUUCGGUGGAAUGGAAGUGACUUCCAAGACGCUGGCAGUUAUUACUGAAACCGGGUUUUGCGUUCAAGCUACUCAGAUAAAUGGUAGACCUGCAAGAAACACUCCAGCUUGGUUAAAAAAUGAACCUACAUUAUCUGAAUCCUACAACCGUGUCUACUAUAUGCUCCACAACAAAACCUGGAUUGGCCACGACCUGCGCAAAUCCGAUUUUCCAAUGUUGGAAAAAGAAUGUAAGCAUAUUGGGAAAUCACCACCUAGGCCCAAAGAAAUAAUUGAUACUGUUCCCUUCAUUUCGUCCGGGUCCAAGCUGGGCAAACUUGCUGUACUCCUUGGUUUGGGUAAGCCAGCAGCACGGCUGGACUGUAGGAAUUGCCAAGUCAAUUAUAAUGCUAUCAAGAAAUGCAGAGACGCGAUGCCAAUUUUAGAUGUGGAGAUCGAGCAGGAUAAGGAGAGUAAUAUGCAUCCCAUGAUUUCUCUUAUUAAGAAAUAUCAGCAGCCACCAGAAGAAGAAACAAGUAUUCUUUUUGGUCAUGAAGAAGAAACAACUAAAAGGAAAAGUCCUCAAGGAAAAGUCAAAGAUGGGGGAGUAAGGAAAAGUCUAAGACUUAAGGAGGCAAGUCAGAGACUGAAGAAGAAGUCGAUGUAACUUUCUUGACUCAGUUAGCUUCAAAUACAUUAUCAGGUUUCGGUUUUAUGAUGAAUUUUGUCUCCAAUGGUAUUCAUAUGUAUGGAAAUGGGCUCCAAAACUUUCCUUUUACAUCUCUAAGUUAAGAGGUUGGAGGUUAUAAUUUUGAAUUAUUAAGUUGUCAUGUCCCCUCCUCUUUCUAGAAAUUAUGAAUCGGAAGAAUGUUUCUGAAUUGAAAAAUAGCCGGAGGUUUUGGUCCA